AUGUGUAAUCAGAAGAUAGUGAAGGGUUGUACAGUUAGCAACCUUUGGGUUUUGCCUGCCUUUCACCAUAUGGAUUCUCCUUUACCUGUUCUAGAAGAUGACGUAAAGAAAGGCAUCCUGAGCCUGACGGAAAGGAGGCUGAUCCCUCCAGCAGCAAAGAUAAUCCUGCAGUCAUCUCCUGUUGUGGCUAAACCAGCUCCUCUCCAUGAAUUCCACGAGCAACACAAGAAGUCAGUUGUAGGAGAGAUCAGUAGAGAGGACCCCAAGAAUUCAGCUAUUUUCACCUUUCCAAAAUCAAAGAAAGUCCUUGAAGACACAUGUUCCUCUACCAAAGAUCACACUGCACCAGCUCCAUCCAGGAAAUCAUCAGCCAUGUGGAGACAUCCAGCUCAGCAGCUGGAAUCUGAACUGCAGACUCCCUGUCACCCUCAGGUCCCAAGAACGACUCCGUGCCAGCCCUUAAGGAACCUACGCGUUGGGUGUAGCAUUGCUGUUUGCAACGGCACCAUAGAUCAGAAAGACCCAGACUUUUUGGCGUUCAAGCAACGUUAUUGUUUAUCCUGGGGGAACAUUGUUUUCUUCUUGGAACACACCGAGAAGCUCCUCAAGGACUACGCUGUGCCAAAGGCUACAAUCAACUGCAAGAAGUUGGCCGAAGUUGCAUCCGACUUUGAACUCAAUGAGAAUCCCACCAAAAACGACAUUCUCUCAGUGAUGAAGAAUCAGUCGGUUGUGAGAGAGAUCUUAAAUCAACCUGGCCAAAGAUACAAAGGCCAAGGUGGUACUGAAAUGGCUGCUGCAAAGAUCCAAGCAACGUGGCGCCGCUAUCGGGCCCGAAAAGCCUAUGUGCGUUUCAGGCGGCAGCAGUGGGCAUCAGGUGUGAUUGCCAUUUCUUGGCUCUUGCACAGUCACAUGGCACGUGUGAAAAAGACCCUGCAGGAAUCACGUCAGAGACACCUGGAGAAUUUUUACAUCAGGGCCAAGCAUCUGGCAGCCAACUGGAAUCGCAUCAGGACCUCCAGGAGGACUAUUAUCCAUAUCCCAUCAUUAGGGUAUUCCCAGUGCAUCCGUGAGCAUAUUCCUGAUCUUGCUCUUCAGCAGAAUUUGCAGAUGGGAAGGCUGUGCGACAUACUGGAUGCCAACGUGGACGUCAUCUACAUCUGCCCCCUUCAUCUGAGUGAGGAGUUACUGCAGUAUUACAAUAAACUCCUGGGUCUGCAGGCAGCUGUUAGAUCUGGGAACCCUGAGGACAUGGGUGACCUGCAGGACAGGUUCAGAAUUCUCACCCCUGAAGCUAUAAACAGCUUCCCUAGCCAUCACAUGUGUCUCUCCACGCAGCUGAUGUACAGUCCCAAGACGAUCAGAAAAAUAAAAAUUCUCAUCCGGAGCAGGGAUGCCUACAUCAUCGGAGGGGUGCCCCACAGAGAUGACCUGGCAGUGGCUGACAUGUUAAACGUGCCUAUAUUAGGCCCGGUGCCAGAAGUUGCUCAUGUUUAUAGCAGCAAGUCGGGAAGCAAACGCAUCUUUGCCAGCGCACGUGUGCCGACCCCUCCGGGAGAAUCCGACAUCUACAGCAAGGAGCAGAUGAUUCACAGCCUCAGCCAGCUGAUCGUGGACAACGUGGAGGUGCGGCGCUGGCUGUUCAAAGCCAACGACGAGCGUGGAGGGGACGGCACUGCCUUCUGCGACGUGACCUCGCACCUGGAAUGCCACCGCUGGCUUCAGCGGGAGCGCCAGCGGCACGGCCCGGCCGCCUGGAGCACCAAGUGGGCCCACGAGCCAGCUUUGGUGAAGAUCUCCCAGGAGCUGCCGGGCCUUUUAGCACAGCACGUACAGCCAGUCAAUGAGAAACGAUUCCCUACAUGGGAAAAAUUCCUCCAAACAUUUCUUAGUCAAGGUGGUGUGAUAGAAGCCUUCCCGCUCUCUGAAAACGUCACCAACCUUACAGUGGAUAUGCUGAUAGAGCCAACAGGCAACAUAAAAAUAGUGUCAUCUGGAGACCAGCUCCAUGCUGAUGGUCCUCUGCGCUCAUCUGGCACUACCAUUCCACAAUGUUCUGUGGAUCCAGCAGUUCUUAGUUCGCUGUGCUUGAAAAUUGGAGAGACCUGUAAAUCCAAAGGGGUGCUCGGUUACUUUUCGGUUGACUUUGUGACUUUCAUCCAUCCACAAACACUGGAGCAGCAGGUGUGGGCAACAGACCUUGACCUUUGCUAUAGUGACCAGCUGGCCUUGACGCAGCUCAUGUUGUAUGUGACAGAUGGAAACCUGGAUUGUCGCUCUGGCCUCUUUCAAGUGUCACUUGGUUCACAGAAAACAAAAAGCCGUCGUAUUAAGCAUGGAGAGACGCAGACUCUUUCUGCGGGACGCAGGCGCUGCGCGGUGGCGAGCAGUCAGCUGAGGCACUCCAACCUCUCCAUGAUCUACUACAACGUCCUCCUGCAGAUGUGCAAAGCUCAUGGUGUUGGAUUUGACCUCCAGGAGAAACAGGGAACAGUUUUGAUCCUGUAUGAAGAUGAGAAGCGCCACAAGCUGGGCAUGAUAACAAUCGGAGAGGAUCUCCAGGGGGUCCUCAUGACCUUUGCUCGCAAUCUCUUCAUCAUUCAUCAAGAAAUAUCAGCACCUAAUAUGCAAGGCGAGACCAAUUUUAAGAUGGCAAUUCGAGAUAUUGAAGCAAUUCUAGGGAUUACAGCAGAAAACAAACUGAAAUUGGAAGAAGAGCAACCUUCUGAAGCAGAUGCUCUGAAAGAAUAGUUAACAGAAAACAUUUAAGUGCCAUAUUCUUUAUGCUGCUGGAAACAAACCCUCAUCUGU